CAAUCAAGCCUGCACUGCAGCACCCACCCACCUGGCUCAUUAUCGAUAAGGACCCUGGCAGAAAAGUUGAAUGGGUUCCAAUCUCAUCGCAUCUUUCAAUGCCUUCUGCAACCAAACCCACUGGCAACCCCGCGAAGCACUACCCGCAAGUAACACAGGAAUUUCAUCAUCAAGAAUAUCCCGGACCAACUCAAUAAUCCAGCCUUCUCAUUCGAACGACAACAUGCCGCCCAAGAAGGCCACGGCCAAGUCUGCAAAACCCAGACCCACGCCGGCACGCAAGGCGAAGGCACAGGCUGUAGAGGCACCAUCAGAAGCAGACUCAGGCGACGACCUCGGGCCAGAAGCAGAGGUAGCAGCGACACCAGCAAGGAAACGCGGCAAGCGCAAGGCAAGCCAGGACGAGGGUGACGAGGUCGAGAGCCCGGGCGCCAAGAAGCCAAAAGUCUCGUCCUCCUCCGUCAGCCUCACCGAGACUGUGACCGAGUCGGGCAAAAAGGAGCACGCGCACAGGACUGUCAAGGUGGAGAUACCCGUGUCGACGCCGGUGACGAAGCCAUCAGGCAAGCACAUCGUCUUCAACGACGACGACGGGCCCGCCGAGUUCUUCACGCCGCAGGAGGCACCCGCCCAGGACCUGCUGGACGCGCAGCUGUCUGAGGCGGCCGGGGCAGGAGGUGAGGCUGGGGAGGACGACAGGGAGAGCGACAGUGACGAUGACGCCCCGGAGGCCGUCUCGACGCAGACCGCAGCAGCACAGGCAGCCAAGUCCGCCCAGGCGGCCACGAGAGCGGCGGAGAAACAAUUAGAGCAGCAGAAGCGCAAACGGCAGGAGCGUGACGCCCGGCUCAAGCAGCAGGCCGAGACGCGCAAGAAGCACCAGGCAGCGUCUGAAAAGAAGGCCGCCGCCGCCGCCGCCGCCGCAGCAGCAGCAGCAGCAGCAGAUGCAGAUGCUGAGGAAGAGGCAGAGGAGUCCCCGGAGCAGACCCCAGGCGCGCGCAGCCACCUCCCCAGCGUGUCCGCAGCCCCAACCCGCAAGCGGCUGGACAAGCGGUCGCUGCCGGACGUGCUGCCGGACGACUUCCUCGAGGCAGCCUCGGACGAUGACGAGGAUGGCAGCGACCAGGACGACGAGCAGGACGCCCGCAGGCCCAGGAAGCCCAAGUCCAGCACCCUCGCGAGGCAGAUGGCCAAGGCCGGGUCGCGGCAGCCGCAGGACCAGCGCGUCGGGUCGACCGUGUACCGCGUGGCGCGGCGCCAGGAGGACCCGAGCCUCGCGCCCAAGGUGCACAGGCACUCGCAGAACGCGAAGAAGGUGCUGCUGCAGAGGCAGCGGCCGGUGGCGAGAAAGGGCGGGUUCCUGGUCAGGAAGCGCAAGUAGAAACGUGGCUUGAGAGGGCGGAUGGGUUCGAUAGGCUAAUCACUAUAUAAUGCCAUGGC